ACCGCCACUGCCAGCAGUCAAGUUUGGGCAGGCAAAAAAACAUGUCUUCCACAAACCCCAACUUCGAUGAUCUCGGCAUCUUCCCUACACGUGAUCCUCGCACCUUGGGUUGGCCACUCGUCGGCAGCAAGUCUUUCCUGGUAACGCUGCUAGUCAGCUACGUGUACCUAGUCACUGUCGGGGGACCACGCUUCAUGAAGAAGCGGAAGCCCUAUGAAAACCUCAAGCCGCUCAUUCUACUCUACAAUCUCUCCAUGGUUUUCCUCAACGUGCAUUUCUUCAAGGGCUUCUUGACCACGACGUACUUGGGCGGCGGCUACAACCUCGUCUGCCAGGGCAUCGACUUCGAAGCAAGGAGCGAGGUAACGACGGAGUUCCUGGAGCUCGGCUGGUGGUACAACUGGGUGAGGAUUGCUGAUUUUCUGGACACCAUCUUCUUCGUGCUCCGCAAAAAAGACUCCCACGUGUCCUUUCUCCACGUUGCCCACCACGUCAUCGUCGCCUUUAACGGCUGGUUCGGCCUCGCCUACGGACCGGACGGACAAAUCGUCCUAGGAGUUUUAAUCAACACAAUCGUCCACGUCGUCAUGUACUCCUACUACUUUCUGUCUCUUCUGGGUCCCCGUGUCCGGCCGUACCUCUGGUGGAAACGCUACUUGACUCAGCUCCAACUGGUUCAGUUUGUUGUCACGCUGGUGCACAUGUCGAUUCCGCUCUUCAAGGACUGCGGGUACCCGAGACCUCACAUGGUGAUCAUAAUGUGCGAAGAAAUAUUUUUCUUCGUUACGUUCAUGCGUUUCUACGUGAAGGCGUACACCAGCAAGCGUGCUUCUUCUUACGCCAGCGACUCGAAAAGCAAGGUGCAAUGAUUCAUGCUGGCUUUAUUUUACCUCGGACUUGGACACUGGGUUUUCAAUAAAUCAUAUGUUAAAAUGUAAAAAAAAAAA